ACCACCCUAAGCACACUCCGACCUUCCAAGGACGAUCGCGAGAACGGCGCUAGAAAGGCGAUGGGGCAGCUGACUCCCUUUCUGACGUCAUCCAUCGCGGUGACGUUGGCUUUUAGUAUGACGUCUGAAGCAGCGACUGGCGUCAACUACGCUUACGUCACCAUGCAGGCUUUCCCAGACACGGUCCUGCCCAUUCUCGACCGUGUGUAUGUGACAGAAACCGCAUGUCAGUGCAAGUCCCACUGUAUCUCCAACUUGAGAUGCGUUGGCGUGAGUGUGACCUUGCAAGAACGCAAUGUGACCUGCAGCAUGACCUUUGACCCCGCCGGCGCCCUCUCGCUCUACGCAAGCCAAGAUCAUGUCACUUUUUUUAAGGAUGUUACGUUGGGGGAUCAGGCGCCAGUGGUCAGCGGCACCGCCCCCGCGACUCCAAAUAUCUUCGACACGUCCACCGCCGCCGUUCCCGUGGCCUCGACUACCCCGGGUGCAACGCCUGACAGUGUCGCUACGGCUGAUUACUAUACGCUGACGGAGGAAGGGACAAGGGAAGAAUGUACAAGGGCAUGUUUAAAACAGGGGCGACACCUGGCUACGAUCACGACCCAAGAGGACCUGGAUAAAUUCAUGGCGUUCUGGCCGUCUGCAGGUGGCGGCGAGAUCCAUCUAUCGCUAAUACAUUCGUUUGCAAUGGCAAGAUGGAAACUAUACAACGUCCCGUUUUCGUCUUCAGAGCUCGGCCAACUUUUCCUCCCUUUCAGCUUGAACGGAUCCACCGCUCUGUAUGCAGCUUUUGACACCACGACGAAGGCCAUCACUCACUUUCUUCGCUGGUCAGCUGGCGAAGCGCUGGCCGGCACGGGCGUCCACUGCAUGAACGAAGAGUAUUCCACACGCAAUUACCAACACUUCGAGCUGACCUACAGUCCGGGUUUCGCCAAGGCCGCUAAGGAGUGCAGAGACCGCGGUCAGAGAACUGCACUAUACGCGUCUCUGGCAGAGUACACGAAGCUCGUUGCUCAGGCGCCUCCCUCGGUGCCGUACAACGCCCUCUCUCUCAGGUACACUGGUAUGCGGAAGCGACUCGAGUGGAUCAGCCCUACGUACAAGGUGCAGUAUACGCCCCUCAACCACCUCACCCCCUCUACCGAUGGCUUGGGAGGAUGCUAUUUUCCUGAGAAGGUCACCACCACUACCCCGCACACCGUUAGGUUCAACCGAGGGAGGUGCGAAACCGAAGGAAAGGGCGUCUGUAUGCCUAUACCGAAAAUAGAACCCGGGAUGUACACGUUCAGCGUCCACAGUUUCGCGGCGGGAAGGGACCCCUGGUUUGAAGCACGCCGUUCCGGGCUGCAGCUGGCCGUGCUCAAGACCCCUUCCCACGUGGUCGCCGUUUUCGCCCAGAUUGACGCAGCCGAGUGGACGCAGGAAUACUACCACGUCGCCCUACACUGGAAUGAUGACCUGUCCCUCCUCAUGUGGGAGGACGACACGCCCUACAAUCUCACGCCCUUGGCCAGUGACCCUAUGACCCAAGAGCAGCCCGCAGAUGACUCCGAUUGCUACUAUCUUCAUCAGCAGGGCGGGCAGUUCCGUGGCUUUUUCGGAGGGAACUGCGAUCACAGCAGUCUGCUUGCCAUGAGGAAGGCCUAGCUAGAACGCGGAAGGUGAAGACGAAGGAUUACACUCCGGCCAAUCUCAGGAAAUUAAAAGCUGGCAACUCACCGCCCCCCGGAUUCUGGAGCACUCAAAUUCACCAAAACUCUUUUGGGAAAAAUUAAUGAUGUGGUGUUGAAGGCAGCUUUAGAAGAAAAUAAAAAAAAUGCAUUAAUGUAGAAAAAAUGUAAACAUAUGUAUUAAGUUCCAGCUGAUUAGAGUAAAAAGAAAUUUCGUGAAUCAGAGUGUGCCAGAGGCCAGUGUCAGUUGCCAGCUUUUCCUUUCGUGAGACUAUACAUAAUGCAGCAACAACUUUCAUAGUUUCACGAUACUGAGUCAAUUAAUGAUUGAUCAGGUUCGGAUAUUGGCAUCAGUAGUAUCGUUAUUCUAAUCAUUUAUUAGUGCAGAAAUUAUUGCCAUUACUGUUACCAAAAUGUAUGUUACUACUGCUGUAAUCUUGAAUACAGCAACUAUAUUAACUAAUGACAUUAUUUUAUUGAAGUAAAGCAGUAAUAGUAAGGUCACUGUUUAUGGUGUAGCGGAUUAUAAAGCUGAUGAUAAAUUGAUAAUGAUGAUUUGACUAUAAAGUUAUGUAAAUAUGGGUAACUUGAGUAACAGCGCCGGCAGAGAUAACAAAUACAGUAGUGAUAAUAAUGUUAAGUGAUAAUAGUGUAGUAAAAAAGAAAUUUAGGUAGUGUAUUUUAGGAUGAUUUACAUUACUGAUUUAUAUUACACUAAUGUAACCAAAAAGCAAUUACAGUAUCUCAGUAUCUAUAGAUACAACACUAAUGAUAACAAUAACAAGACAUAGAGUAUCUUUGGUAGAUAAAAAAAAGUACCAAGCAGAGGAUUUUUUCCAACGUUCUGGGAGAGUCGCUCAGGCUUUCGGCAACGAGUUUUAAACUCCGCCCCUUUUAGCCUGAAAACAAGCCUGAAAU